UUGUGUAUUUUUCAAAAUUUUUUGAGCGAUUACGUAGUCACACGUGGUCUGUCGCUCAAAUGUCGGCGAGAGCCAAUCAGAUGCGUCCAGGUCACAGCUUCCGUAUUUGUAGCGGAAGUCGGAAGAGAAGAUGGCGGCUGCGAGAAACGGCAAGAGCGGACUGCUGGAGAAAUGGAGAAUCGACGAGAAACCGGUGAAGAUCGAUAAAUGGGACGGAGCCGCUGUGAAGAACUCUCUGGAUGAUGCUGCGAAGAAGGUGCUGCUGGAGAAGUUCGGUUACGUGGAGAACUUCAGGCUGGUUGACGGGCGUCUGUUGAUCUGCACCGUCUCCUGUCUGUUCGCCAUGUUGGCUCUGGUCUGGGACUUCCUGCACCCCUUCCCCGAGUCCAGACCGGUCCUCGCCUGCUGCGUCAUCUCGUACUUCAUCAUGAUGGGCAUCCUGACUCUGUACACCUCCUACCAGGAGAAGAACAUCUUCCUGGUGGCCUUGCAGAAAGAUCCAGCUGGGAUGGAUCCAGAUCACGUCUGGCAGCUCUCCUCCUCCCUCAAACGGUUCGAUGAUCAGUACACUCUGAGAGUCUCCUUCACUGACGGAAAGUCCAAGACCUGGAGGGAAGCGGAGUUCACCAAGUCCGUGUCGGUGUUCUUCGACGAGAACGGGACGCUGGUGAUGGACCAGUUUGAAAAGUCCGUUUCUAAACUGCACGACUCGCUGGCCUCCGACAAGAAAACCAAGUAACCAGAAUAUUCAUCGGUACAUCAGAGCAGCUGCCUUCUUUCCACGCAGCUCGUUGCUUUCAGUUUCGUUUCAAACGCCAGAGUCGGCCCGCAGAGAGAGAAUCCACCGCAGCCCGUCUGCUCAGGUGGUCGCGGCCUGCCAACGCAGCAGGAAGCUCUCCUGCUGCUGCUGCGUUCGAGGACGCUCGGAGAUCUGAGAGUCGGCUGCUGAGCAACAGGAGAGCGGGAAUCACCUGAGACUCGACUGAAGCGAAGCUUUGUGCGCUGAGAACAGGUGCGCGUGGUCCAGGUGUGUGCGUGUGUGUGUGUAGUCCAGGUGUGUGUGUGUGUGUGUGUGUGUGGUCCAGGUGUGUGCGUGUGUGUGCGUAGUCCAGGUAUGUGUGUGUGUGUGUGUGUGUGUGUGUAGUUCAGGUGCGCGCGUGUGGGGUCCAGGUGUGUAUGUGUGUGUGUGUGUGUGUGUAGUUCAGGGUGCGCGUGUGGGGUCCAGGUAUGUAUGUGUGUGUGUGUGUGUGUGUGUGUGUGUGGGGUCCAGGUAUGUAUGUGUGUGUGUGUGUGUGUGUGUGUGGUCCAGGUAUGUGCGUGUGUGUGUAGUCCAGGUGUGUGUGUGUGUGUGUGUGUGUGUGGGGUCCAGGUAUGUGUGUGUGUGUGUGUGUGUGGGGUCCAGGUAUGUAUGUGUGUGUGUAGUCCAGGUAUGUGUGUGUGUGUGUGUGUGUGUGUGUGUGUGUGGUCCAGGUGUGUGUGUGUGUGUGUGGUCCAGGUGUGUGUGUGUGGUCCAGUGUGUGUGUGUGUGUGUGUGUGGUCCAGGUGCUGAUGGGAUCGUCGGCGCCUCACGUUCUCUCUCUAUAGGCUCUUUAUUUUAAAGUGAAACUGAAACCAACGAACUCUCUGAAAGGAAGGAAGUCCGUCGCUGCGCCGGGUUUCAGCUUGAAGCCGAGCUCGCUCUCCUCGCAGCUUUUACUUCCCGCAAGAUAUCCAAACGGUCUCAUCACAGAAUAAUUAGGAAAUGUUCACAGGAAAAUAAAGACAUUCGAAACAACAACGUGCAGUUUUCUGUUCUGCUGAAUUAAACAACCCUGAUGUUAUUUCACCUGUUUCACCUGAACGGUCCGAACGGUUUGAUUCGUUCUUUUUUUUUUUUUUUAAUUUUCCAUUGUUUAAAUAUUCACAAAGCGUCGCUGCAAACUCGUCGCGGUUCCAGUGAAAGUAUUCGUGUCGAGUUUUAAACAGUUUGCUGUAAAGUUUUGUGCUCAGCAGACGUGAUGGCGCUCUGUGACAUCACAGGGAGGGAGGGGCCAGAGAGACACAAGAGUUGCUGUUAUGUGACAAUUAUUCAGCAGCUCGUCGACCGUUUUUAUGAAUGAGUAUUAACUCGCCCUGGUUAAACGUAGCGAGCAGGUGACGUGCUGGUUCAGCGCAGCUCGGCAGCGUUUGUGUGAAGUUUAACUUCCUGUUGAAGGUGACGCGUCGCGUUGUGACUGGCUGGUUUUUCUAACGGCGUCGUUUUAAUCACCAACUAAACACGGCUUCAGAAGCGCUUAUCUCUAACAGCAACGGCAACUAGCCUUCAGACGCGUCGGUUACCACCAAUCACAACGCGCCAUGUCACUGGUGGGCGGAGCCGUGUGAGGGAAACACCUGUGACGGUCACACAGGUGAGAAAGGUGGAGGAAAUGGUUUCUGUGAUGGAGGGAAAAGAUCAGGAAUAAAUACAUUUUGGGUCCAGACGCUGCAGCUGUUUCCCUCCACUGCUUGAAUCUUUAGUUUACAUUCACUGAUCCAGAAUCAGGAGUGUGACAUUAGCGACAGAUUAGCAUUUAAUAUUGGGAAUGCUAACAACAACAGGAAGUGGACUGAACGUGUGAAUGUUUCAUGAGUAUUUUUCUCAGAGCCUUAUUCUCUGUAACUUCUGUCAGUGAAAACACGAUUGUGGAAAUAUUAAAGAUGGAUAUUGUUACCGAAAGA